AUGAAUCGCUCCGUCACUCCUGCCGAUGCCAGAGGCUCGUUGCCAAUUUGGACGGGAGCGCAAGGGUUAGGCGAGGCUGAUGAUAAGCUGCUCAAGCCCACGACGCGCGAGACGACUCGAUCGCGUUGGGGAUCAGAUUCUACCACGGGCUUGGUGUCUGGAAAUGGAAAAGGCACUAUACUUGGUGGGAAACAUAACAACCAGAGGACUGAUUUCCUGAUGGCAAACGAUGUACGCUCAUUAAACGAUCUAGAGCUCGUGAAGUCUAGAAGACAACAAGGAGAGGAUCUGCUUGAGAAGAUCGCUGCUCUUACUUCAACAUUUGCAUCUUUUCAGGAACUCUCCGAUUCCGCAUCAACCAUAUUCGAUGACUUUGAGCGGGAGACAUCUGUGUUGGAUGGCGAUAUUCGGAGACAGAUUGGAGACCUGAAGGAUUUUCAGCCCCAGAUGCGAAAAAUAGAAAGGCUAGAAGAGCGUAUGCGAUCGGGAAAAAAGAAAGCCGACGCACUUGGGAAGAGACUGGAAGCAAUCCGCAACCAAAUCGAUCUUUGGGAGAAAAAGGAGGUGGAAUGGCAGACACGAGUUGGUCGACGGCUUCGAUUCUUCUGGGUUGUUGUUGCUCUUAGCGUACUGGUUUUCUUGGUCGUUCUCAUCAGCCAGAAGUCCUCGGCAAUCUGUGUUCCAGGAUUUGAAAGUCCCGUACCCGUUGAAAUGGGGGACAGACGUGCUUCUGCACUAGCCAUCCAACUAUCGGAGCCAGCUUCUGGCGAAGUAUGCUCUCGAGAUCGCUCUGGCAGCGGGUCUCGUCCGGGAUGUUAUCGGAAGUCCCAUUCGGCCCCUACACCGACCUCUCCAACAUUCAAUGCAAUGACAACUCGUGCUAGCUCGGAUCCCUUAAGAAAACUUGAUGAACUUUGA